AUGGUUCCUUGGUCUCGUGCCGAGAACGCUCAGCCGUGGAGGUGCAAGACCUGCCAGCGCAAGGACGGCACCCCAUGGCGGAACUGGGCCACGUCGAAGGCCUGCGGGAAGUGCGGCAUCCACAAGGGCGCUUGCUUCAAGGACACGGGCAUCGCUGAUUUGGAGGCGAAGUUGGCCAGUCGCGGCAUGGGGGCCGACCUCGAACCCAUGGCCAUGGACUUGGACCCUGGCGACACGGUCGGCCCGCCUCUUGCGCGUUCCGCAGAGGCCCGCCGCGACCGCCUCCAGGUGCUUGAGCGGCAGAUCGCGCACUGCGAUGUACCAGGCCAGAGGUGCGAGGCUGUCUACCAAGAGCUGCGGGGCAAGCUCGUCAAGGAGCGCGACGAGCUUCGCCGCACCCUCGCCGAGUCCAAGCCCAUCGAUGUGCGGCAGAAGGACCUGGCCACCAAGAUGUCCAAGCAGCGUCUGCGGAUCGCGGCCUGCGAUCAGGAGGUGGAGAGCCUCCAGGCCAAGCUCGCCGCCAUCACCGCCGACCUCGACGCGGCGAAGCGCCGGGCGGCCGAGGCGCGGGAGACCAUGCAGCGGCUGGAGGUCGAGAACAUGGCCUUGGCAGCCCAGGACGCCUUGUCCAGGCACGUCGCCUCGCUGCGGGAGGCCCAGGCGGCACCCGCGCAUGCGGCGGUGCCUGGCACGCCUGUGGGCCCUGCUGGCGCCCCUGUGGCCCCUGGCAAUCACGCCCCUGGAGCUGAGGCGGCGCCGGCUGCGGAACCCGGGGCCGAGGGUGGCGCUGGCAGCGGGGGCGCGGCCCCUGGCACCCCGAGCAGCUUCUGCUUCCUGGGCGCUGCUCCCAACGCUGCUGGCGUGCGGGCGUUUGUGGAGUCGAUGGGGUUCGCAGUGCCUGAGGAGGAGUCCGAGCGUCGGCGGCGGACAUGUGAGCUCUUCCUGUCCUUGGCUUGCCUUGUCGUCAUGAUGGCGUGCACUACUUUGGACAUCGAGGUCGACCCGUUCGACGAGGUCGACGACGCUGCCGACUUUCUUGCGCAGCAACCGUUUUCUGCAGAGGUACCUCCUGCUCACCGCGACCUCGCAGUGAUGCCCCCGGCGGCUGGUCAUGACGGUCGCGCAGAUCAGCUCGCGCCGCUCAGUUGGGUGCUUACUUUCUUGGUGGAGGCCGAGGGCCUCGCCGCUGUGAUUUCUUCAACGUCUCAUUCGGUGGCUUUGUCGUUGAGGACCGCCGCCGGGGCCGCCGGGGCCGCCGCCGGAGCCUCCGGGGCCUCCGAGGCCGCCGCCGGAGCCACAGGGGCCGCCUCCGGGGCCGCCGGCAGGGCGUUUGUCGGCUCGCUGGUCUCGGCCAACACCUCCUCGUUCGGCCCGAUGUUUGACUUCGUGGUGGAGGUGACUCAUGAGGUUCGGGUGCUGGCCGUGCAGGAGCACCGCGUCCCUCAGGCCAGGCUGGGCGAGAUGCAGAAUCGCCUGGCUGACCUGGGCUGGCACUGGGCCUGGAAGGCUGGCUUAGACACGGACGCGCAGAGCACAAGCAGUGGCGCCGCGGUGCUGGCCCCGUCGUUCGUGUCUCUCACCACGGCCCCUGGCCUAGCCGACGGGACCUUGGUUCCUGGCCGUGCAGCCGCUGCUCGGGUCCACUGGGGCAUCCCGCAGGGCUUGGUCUGCAUCAGCCUGUAUUGUGUUGACUCUGUGGGCUAUGCGGGGCCCAACUUGGAGGUGCUGUGGAAGGUUUUUGAGUACUGUUGCCAGCUAAACGCCCAGGGCGAGGAUUUCGUCAUCAUGGGCGAUUGGAACAUGGCCUCCGACGUAGAGGGGCUUCGUGACGCGCUGCUGUCGGUUCGCGCCAUCCCCUUCGUCCCCGAGGACGCUACCUGCGUGCAGGGGGAGGGCUCCAUCAUCGAUUUCAUGGCAGUGUCGUCGAACUUGGUGCCCAGGCUCGAUCGCCAGGUGACCGUGCAGCUCGACUCUGACUUGUGCCCGCAUCGCCCCGUGCACUUGCGGAUGCGGGCCACGACGCGCCUUUCCUGGCUCGCCGCGUGCGUGCUCGGCACCGCCCUGGUGCAGGAGGACGCUUUCGAGGAUCUGCUGGAUUACGCCUCGGGCGGGUUCGGCGGCGUGCUGUCAGGCUCCCCGCUGCUGCUGGGAGACGGCGAGCCCGAGCCGGAGUCGCCCUUCGACGAGCCCAGCCUCGACGCCGAGGACGUCGACCCUUGUGAGGACGAGCCCGAGGGGCAGCCUAUGCCCUUCCAGCGAUGGAACAGGAUCUACUACCGCCCGAGGGCGGACUCCAACCAGGGUCUCACGAUGCUCCUGGUCAGCAAGUUCAGCUCCACGCUGGGCGAGAAGAGAUGGGUCUGCAUCGACCCGACGGGCAGGCUCCAGGUCCUCGACCUCGGGCAGCCCGCGAAGGUGAAGUCCACGAAGUUCGCGGGCGUGAACCACAGGUCCCACCGCCGCCACGCGGUGUCGUGGCUACUGAAGCUGGGCUCCAACCUCGCGGGCUACGCUUGGGCCCGUCGGAGCUUAGGUACGGCGGCGGGUUCGACGUUCGUGCUGUGGCGCGCAGUCGUGUACCUCAACGUGGUGGAGUGGGUGAAAUGGGGCUACUCGUCGCUGAAGGAGACCGUGGACACGGUGGAGUAUUUCAGGGAGGAGAUCGAGACGGUGUUCGAGAUGCACGAGUCAGGAGCUCUCGAGCCUCUCUACUUCUCAGUGGGUGUGAUGCUCGUGAGUGGCUUCAUCAUGUCGUGCUGCAGGGACGAGGGCACUCAGGUGUCAGACGCCGAGGAGUCGGACUCGGUGGGAGGCGAAGUUCUGAGGCAGCUGGGUUUGGUGGCCGAGAGGCUCUCCGCUCUCGAGGAGAGGCAGGCGUCGCGCCCGACGGAGCCUCCUCGGCCAACUCCAGCGCCAUCAGCACCUCAAGCCCCAGCGAAGCCUGGGAUCGGCGCGGACAGCUACGACCAUAUGAUGGGGGCCCUCCUUCAGAGGCUGGACCGCCACAAGGAGAUGGUGGAGCAGGACAGCAUGGCCGUGACCGCCGGCGGGUCCGAGCAGCGGGUGGUCAGCUCCACGUCCAACCCAGAGAUCGACUCGCUGGUCAAGGGCCUGGACGACUCCUUCAAGGACAUGCGCGAGGUCGCCAAGGAGAAGCUGCAGGCCUACUCCAGCGACGUGGCGUGGACGAUCCAAGGGGGCAUCAAGACGCGCGUGGCCCCGUCAAUGGUGGCCCGCCUGUACCGCAGUGGGGCUUCAGCGGUGGCGAGCAUCAGGGAGAUGAUUCGCACGAAGCAGCUGGACGGCAACCACAUGGCGGAAGAGGCCCUCCUCAUCAGCAUGAUGCUCGACCGAUCCAUGGUGGAGGCGCCAGCCGACUGGAUCAACUACAAGACGACGGAGUUGGCGAUGCGACGCCUCCACGGCAUCGAGAGGGCCUUCGAGAACGUCAAGCAGAGGUCGGACUGGAAGCCGCCCAACGGCUCCAAGGCGGGCUGGAAGUCUCGAGUCAACUACGCCCUGCUGGAGGAGCUCGACACGACCAAGUCGGAUCAGGAUGGCCUUCUCAUCGACGGCGUGGAAAAGGAGCUUCGCGAACGCUUGGCUCACCGCGCCCUUCUCGCCAAGUCCCUCGACAAGCUGCAGGACAAGAAGCACUCAACAAGCAAGGAGCGAGCGAUCAGGGUCAGGACGAACGCCGCUCUGAGGUCCUUAGCCGCGCUGACGACGAACUCAUACCACGACCUGCGGGACUCCAGUUUCGGAUCCUCCAAGGAGUGGGACACGAGCCACGAGCUGCCGCGCAGGAUCUCCGAGAGGGUGCUGCAGUGCCACCGGGACGCGCACGAUCAGAAGAUGUACGACUCCGACGCCGAGUCCGCUUUCGAGCGGCUGGCCUUGCAUGCUAAGCCUGGGACCUACGCGGGCUUCAGUGUAUCAGACAAGGACGACGACGACGUGCCGCAACGAGGGAAGGUCAUGCCCUUCGUGAGCGGCGAAGCGUCUCUGCCUCCAGCGGGGACGCAGCCAUGCGACAUAAGGAUGAUUUCACCAAAAGCGAGAUAUUACUUCGACCGAUUCCACGAGAGGAUGUGCCUCCCGCCCAGCCAGGUCGACGAGGCCGACAUCGAGAAGACGAGAGCCUACAUGGACCCCAGUUUGAGGAGCAGGUCAGCUCGCCUCCAGUUUGCGCUGAGACUAUGGGAGUCAGGCAUGCUCGGUUUCACGGACAUCUGCAGGGCGGAGGUCUCGGUGUUCUUCGUCAUGAAGAAAGUCAACGAGGCAGGCCAGUUCAUUCUCCGGCCCGUCUGGGACCUGAGGCAGGUGAACAAGCGCUUUCAGAAGCCACCUCACCUCUCUCUGGGGUCUCCGAUGGCGAUGGCGGAGCUGGACCUGUCCGACGAGAUCACAGAUGGCAGGGUCUUGCAGUCAACGUGGGGAGACGUGCCAGACUACUUUCACAGAUGCAAGAGCUGCAGCGAGCUGUGGCCGUACAUGGUGUUCGGAGGCGUGACGAUCCCCCAGCUUUUGAAGGAGCUCAAGCGCCAGGGCAAAGUGGUGCCGUCGGUCCCGAAGGGGGCCCGCUACCUGUGCCUGGUGGUGAUGCUGAUGGGCUUCAGCUGGUCUCCAGCGAUCUGUCAUGGUGCUCUGGAGGACCUUCUGUGCGAUCUACCUGGCUUCCCGCGAGGAGCUCAGCUGGUCCACGGGCGCGUCCCCCCCAGCUUCUCCGAGACGGCCUUCAUCUACUGGGUGUUCAUGGACGACUUCGCCUCGAUGACCUUGCAGCAGGACGAGAUGAGCGAGGUGGUGGAGGCAGUCCGCGAACACGCUGGGAAGAAGCUCAAGGAGGUGGGCCUCGACAUGCACAAAGACGGAGUCGGGGCAGCGAUGCCCCUCUCUCUGGGCGUGACGAUCACUCAGCGCCCUCAUCGCUUGAUGGCAGCUCAGGAGAAGGUCAAGAAUGUCAUUGGUGCGACCAAGGCCCUUUUGGACCGAGGUCGAGCGACGCCAACCGAGCUAUCAAGGAUAAUUGGGUCGUGGGUGUGGUUGGCGAUGUGCUGUCGGGCCGCCUUCUGCAUGCUGGAUGCUUGCUACAAGUUCGUGACGAAGUACGGCGACGACGAUCAGGUUCACAUCCUGUGGGAGAGCGUGACAAACGAGCUGUACAUGCUUUACCACCUGGCCCCCCUGAUGUAUACCCACUUGGAGUCGAAGUGGAGCUCCAGUGUCUUUGCUACGGAUGCGAGCGAAGAAGGCCUGGGGGUAGUCGAGACGGAAGCGAGCCGGGAAGAAGUCCGAGCCGAAGUCAACCGACAGUGGAGAGCCGACCAUCUUCGAGACAUGGCCAGGGACGAGGAGGAGGAGGAGCUGCUCAGUGGCGAGAACCUCGAGCGAGCCAGACGAGGCAUCCCCCCCGUGGUGUCCGAUGGCGAGGUCCCUCCGAUGAAGUUCAUGGCCGACAUUUUCUCAGGGUACGGCGGCUUCGGGCAGGCGAUCCGCGAGGAACUGCAGUGCCAGACCCUGUUCGUGGACAACGCACGGGAGGUGCGCCACGACCUGCUGGACUCGUCCUUCGUCGAGCUCGUCUGUCGCGCCGUUCUUCGCCCCCUCUUCUUCAUGGUCCACUUGGUGCAGAGAGUACGGGAAGGCAACGCUCUGGCCCAGGCAGCGAUCUCAAUUUGCUACGCGUGCCUGGCAUCGGGGACAGGUUUUUCGCUGGAGAACCCAAGGACCUCGAUGAUCUGGGACCUCCCCGACAUGGCGAAGUUGCUGACGAUGGAUGGAGUUCGCGUAGUGGAGAUGGUGUACUGUGCCUUCGGAGCCCGAUGGAAGAAGCCCACUCGAAUAGUGACCAACGUGCAGGCGCUGGAGGAGCUCGAAUGCAAGUGCUCUCAGGACCACGAUCAUCAGGAGCUGCGGGGGCGCGACUCUCAAGGGCGUCUCUGGACGCGCCUGGCAGCAGUCUACCCGCCACGCCUGUGCAGAGCCUAUGCCUCUUGUGUGGCCAAGGCCGUGUCCAACAACGAGCUGAAGCUGCACGACUGGCGCAUGCGAGAACUCCGGGGCGCAGCGCCGAAGCCAGUCGCAGUCAUGAGUCACUGGGCCAAAGUAUCCCGAUGGCAUCUAGCGUGGAAAGGGGUAUGGGCGUAUCACGAUCAUAUCAAUGUGCAGGAAAUGAGGACGGUCGCGUCGGUAUCUCGUCACCUGUGUCGCUCGUCAAAGAACUGGUUCAGCCGAGUCUUGGUCCUGUGCGACUCUAUGGUGACGGUAGGUGCAGUCAGAAAGAUGCGGAGCUCUUCGCGACCUUUGAUGACGCAGCUGAAGAAGAUCGGUGCGAUCACGCUGGCCACCGGUAUACGAUUGACGCUGAGGUGGAUACCCACAGACAUGAACCCGGCCGACGGCCCUUCGAGAGGCGAGGAGAUAGGCAGCGCCGAGAUCACCAAGACCAAGUCCGAGCAGAAGAAGAGCGUGAUGGACAGCGACUUCGAGUUCGAGAGGCUCUUCGGGGACAUGCUGGAGAUCAGGGGCAUGCACGACGACUACGACCUGGCCUGGCAUUUAUACACGGAGCCGACCGACCAGGACGAGAGCUUCCAGGCUGACGGCGACCACACCUUCGACAGUGAAGAUGGGCAGGUCGCUGAUGACGUGGGAAUGUUCGCCGGAGCUCUAGAAGCAGCAGUGACAGUCAAAAAGACGGCCAAAAAGAAAGGCAAGCAACGAGCUCACGUUCCUCAGAACAAGAAAGGCCCCCUCGCCUUUGAGAACGCCGCUCGGGAGCCCCCAGUGUCGAGAACCAGCCUGGGCUCUGGCACGCUGGAAGUACCUCUCCGCCUUCUCGUGCACGCUGUUCAGGACAACACUAACGUGUGCUACAUCAAGGAGGUGGAGCCCUUCCUGGUGAAGGUGCGUCUCAAGAGGCUCCCCUUUUCCACGGCGGCCGAGCGUGACAUCACCCUUGCGGCGGAGUUAGACCACAUGUGCUUCGUGGAGAGGGCUUCGGUGUCAAGAGGAGUUCGAUUGUACCAUGGGCUGGUCCACGUGUUUCCAGAGUGGAAGUCUGAGUUGCCGAUCUCCUUGCGUGCUUUGCAUAGCUGGGAGAAAUUCCAGGAGUCCUGGGAAGGUGGCCCAGCCUCUGCCGAAGCAAUCUAUUUCAUAGCUUCCCAGGCGAUCAAAUCAGGAGCUGACGCCGGCCAGGCCAUGGAGCCCGUGGACCCGGUUGUCACGGAGUCCGACGGGCUGGUCCAGCUGUGGGACGCCGCCCUGCACGGCGUCGACGCCGAGCUCUGCGCGCGCUGCGACAAGGAGCAACUCGGCGGCCUGAAGUUGGCGGCGGCCAUGUGCGAUCUGAUGCCCUGCCAGCGUUUCGGCGUCUUGCGGGAGUUGGAGGGGGCCCACCGCUACCUGGUGAAGGUUUCGAGGCAGCGGGCGGUCUUGGCGGCCAUCGCCCCGAUAGUGGCCAAGUACCUGCAGAUGGGCCUCAUGCUGCGUCGACCUGGUGACGUCGCUCCCACGCAGCCCCUGCUGCAGCUGGAGGGGGAUGUGCAGCCCUACGCGGUGGCCGACGCGGCGCUCCAGGAGUGGGGGGACGUCUGGUCCCACCACGGCGCGGCCUGGCUGCCCAGGCCGGCCGAUUUCGACCGGUGGGAGCUGCUGCCGCCGAUCACCUUCCAGGACAUGCGCGCGGCUACCUGGAGCUACUCGGACACCACCGCCCGCGGCCCCACCCGCCUGGCGCCCAAGUCCCUCUACUUCCGGUUGGGCACGUGGCCCGACGGUCGCGCGGAGACGGAGCUCGUGCAGUUGAGCAAGGCGGGCGGGGGCAAGCGCCUCAUAGCCUUACUCCAAACCCUGACGCGCGUGCGGGGGAAGCUGCGCCGCCCUCUGGGGAAGCGGUGGGAGGAGACCCACGCGGCCCUUUGGGUUUGGGGCAAUCGCUCCCGCUUCACCUCCAGGGACUCUGCGUUCGACCUGAACCUGGAGCAGGAGGUGGCCACCCUGUUGGACGAGCAGAGCGGCACGUGGGUCAGCGACAUGGCCAAGUGCUUCGAGCUCGUGGACAGCAGCCAGCUUCUCUUGGAGGCUAGGGAGUGCCACUUCCCCCUGCGGCUGGUGUGGAUGAUGAUCGAGCUUUACCGCCAGCCUCGCAGGGUUCGGGUAGGGCCCAGCCUGUCGUUGGCCAUGCUGGUCUUCCACGGCGUGUCGGCGGGGUGCACUCACGCUCCCACGGCGCUGCUGGUGCUGACUCACCGCGCGAUGGCGAGGCUCAGCAAGAUGUGCCCCAACGUGCGGCCCCGGCAGCUUAUGGACGACAUUACUCUGCAUUAUGUGGGGCCUCGUGAGGCGGAGGCUAGUCAGCUCGAGGUGGCCGCCGUCGAGCUGACGCGCUGCGUGCAGGGCCUCGGCGCGCGGGUCAAGCAAGCCAAGUCGGGCUUGAUCUUCAACCGCGCGCGCUUCGCGCACCGCUUCCGGGCGCGGGUUCUGCAGAUUGGCUUGCGCCCGAGGCGGGCGAUGCGAAACCUCGGCCACGAACACCACGGGCCGAGGGUGUUCCGGCGUCAGGAGGCGGCGCAGCUGUGGCGCACUGGCCUGGCCCCGUCGGUCACCCACGGCGCGGGCGUCAGCGGCAUGGCGGACCAUCGGCUUUGUCUUCUUCGACAUACUGCGGCCACUCUGAACGGGUGGAAGCCUGGCUCUGGAUGCACGGCCUACUUGCUGACGCAUCCGAGCCCGCAGUACGACCCGAUAUACGACGUCUCGGUGCCGUUGAUUUUGCUGUACGCUGGCUGGUUGUGGGACGGCCGCACCUCCGGCGCGAGGCUGCAGAGGGCCUGGGACGUGGCCCACGCCAAACUCGAGUCCACCACCUUCGGCACGGCGCGCGAGUCCCUCACAUCCACCUGGCUGUCGCUGCGGAGGCUGGGCUGGGAGAUGCUCUCUUCGGCCCACGUGAGGUCCGACGCGGGCGAGAGGACCUACGUCACCAUUUGA